UCUAGGCUGUUGUUGGGGCAGGGGCAGGGUACGGACGGUAAUACAACCGCUUAAUACGACCCAGUAACACAAAAUAUUAGUAUUACGUUUUUUGGAGAACAGAGCUGUUACUGUCGUGUUUAUUUAACGUCUCAGAUUCAUGAAAACAGGAACGUAACUAGAGAGGACAAAGAAAUCCAAUAGUAGAGGAAUAGUGUUUUUAAAAUACUGCUUGAUUUUGUUUACAGACUACGUGAACAGUAGUGAGUUUUUUUUUUGUGGUUGUUAAGCCCUGUUGGACGAUUUCUGGUCAUUUUUGGGGUGGACAAUGCUUCAAUGAGACUCAAAGUCGAUCGGGAACAAACGUGUCAACCGAGAGCCUCUCUGACUGGAGCUGAACUUUGAAACUACUCGACUUGUUUUGUGUAUUGGUGAAUCCAGCCUAAAGAUGGAGUAUAAAGUGGAAGCCCAUCGGAUAAUGAGCAUCUCCUUGGGGAAAAUUUACAAUUCCCGAGUUCAACGUGGAGGCAUCAAGCUGCACAAAAACCUCCUGGUGUCUCUUGUGCUCCGGAGUGCUCGCCAAGUGUAUCUGAGUGACUACUACGGCGGGGUUUGCCUUAACGCCCAGCAUGUGGAGGCCAAGGAGUGGGAGCUGAUGGAUGGCGACCAAGAGAAACUCAUUCCAGCCUCUGAGGAAUCCCUGCCCUCAACGACCGCCUGCGACCAGACGGAGGCUGCUGAGGUUCCAGAGGCCCCUCAGCCUGAGGAGACUGACUCCAGCUUGGCUGUGGAAGGCCCUGAGGACCCCUGCGAGGCUGUGGAAGGCCCUGAGGACACCAGCUCCACCGAACCUCAGGCAGAGCAGGAGAGUUCUUCCUCAGUGGACUCUACUUGUGAUGUUUCUGUGCCAUCUCCUGUGGUCAGUGAACCUCAAUGUGAAGCUAAACAAGCCACGGUGAGUUCUUUGGACUGCGAGACAGAUGCUAACCUCGCCAUGUCCGCAGAAGGGAAUUCACACCAACCACCGAAAGCUCACUCUUGUUCAAACAGGAAGCGGAGUGCUGAGAAGAAAGCCAGCCAUGGCUCUCCUGUAAAACGGACAAAAGUGACUUCCUCAAAUGCCGACGAGGAGGAAGCAGAGGAGAUGGACACGAGCAACGUCUCCAAUCUUAUUACAAUCUUUGGCUCUAGUUUUUCUGGACUUUUGAGCAAGGACAACUCUGAGCCUGAGGCGGAAACUGAUGAAAGUGACUCGGGGUCGGGGCAAAUCUGCUGUGACCAAAUGCUGAAGAACCUGAACCCUUGGAACACAGCCAUUGUGGCUUUUUAAUAGCUAUGGAACUUGGGUGGAAGUGUGGUUUUAAAGGAGGAAAAAAUGUGUAACCUUCACACAUGGCCGUUUUGUGCUGUGCUUCUUGACUGGGUUCUCCCUGUAACACGUGGUGAGGCGUGUAAUGUGGCAUGGGACUUCCCCACAUGAGUGGUGCUACCGAGCGCAAACCGGGCCUGGUGUGUUUGGGCAUGUUUUUGUAAAGGAAAGAAUGUGAACAUGCUGGUACUGCUACUUAAAAAGCGGGCAUGUCAAAAGGAAUGAGGCCACUGAACAGACCUUGAACAUUUACAGGCCUACGGUGGGGGGGUUCGGUAACUUUAACCAGCAGCUUGAAUGGAUGAUACGUGUGAAAUGUUAUGACAUCUGUACAAAGUUAAAUGUUACACUGAUGUUAGUACUGACUACAACAGUCUACCAGGCCGAGGCUGCUUGUCUUUGUUUUAUAAAGACUUGUACAUUGUUCUUGUACAUAUUGUUUCUGAUGUUGCAUUAUGAAUCUAUGUAUUUUGGUAUUUACUAUUAUGACAAUUACGUGGUCAUCACGUAUUAAAAUUUUGUGAAAUUAUGA